CAGCAUCAAACUGUUUUGACGAGGAGAGUCCCGUUCAUCAUUGCAUCCCCUGCCUCCCAUCUUGGUGUCAGUCUCCCACACGAACAGUUCUCGCCAUCAAAAUGUCAACAGCAGCACCGAACGGGCCGAGCCCCAUUUGCAUUCUCAGUCACGGCACAUCGACAGACAUGUACAGUACCCAUACGAACACGGCAUCCCCUCUCAUCUCAUCUGAUCUCAUCCCAUCUGAUCUGAUCUCAUCCCUUCAUGUCGGCCUCUUGUCUCUCGGACCGACAAAUGUAGAAAACACUCAGAGCAAUGAAGCACGUCAACGCUGCACCGACACACAGAAGAAAUCCGUGCCACGCCGGCUGCCCGACCAUUGUGUGUAUGAUGGCACCUGCGAUGUGGCACCACUUGUCGGCCAGAACGAUCAUCGCCAGAGAGGGCAGAAUGCCUGCAAGAGAUGACAGAAGGGACAGAUCGUUUCAGCACACCGACCCCCACGUACUCUGGUGGCUCACAUGCUGCACACAAGGGCACGGUGGCCAUCAGACCUCCAGGCACAUGAUACAGUGGCUCUCGGCCGGACCCUGCACACACACACAAUGCAUGAACCACAUGGGCAGACUUCUUUGCGCAUCUUUCAGGCGGAUGCCUGGCGUGUUUCAUACCGGGGUUGUUGUCUGGCGGCUGUGAUAUCUCGGUGGAGAGGGUGGUGGACCGCCGCAGAGGGGCCGUGUCGUCGUCAUUGUCUGUCGGUCCCCUCAGUCGCAGCACGAGAAAGGCCGUCAGGAAGACUGUCAGGGCCAACGCGUCGAAGUACAUGGCCGCAUUCACUGCACCACACAGCGGACGAGACACAUCGUAUGGUAGAGUUUUGGUGGUUUGUGUGUGGGGCAUACCGAGCUUUGAGAAGUCGUUGAUGCAGCAUAGGACGGCUGCAGAUGACAGUCAGUCACACGGAUGGCGUCGUGCAUGACGCAUGCGACCGGUAUACCUGUCAGCAAGGUGCUCGCAGCGAUGACACGAUAAGGGGUGCCAUACUGCGGAUGCAACGCACCUGAAAACGACAGUCGGGCAGGCAGCUAGGUGCUCUCAUCGACCAUGUCUCUCUCUUUGUCUGUCCUAUGUGAGUGGUUGGUUACCGAUCCAAGAGGGCAGGACCGUCGAAGUGCUGCAGAUGGCCGCGAACUCACGGCUGUAGGCGCAACCCAACACUGACGGAUGAAGCAAGCGUGUGCGUCCGUUAUGGCCACCAUCACAUCAUCGACCCACACAGAUCAUACAUACCGAUGAGCUGUCCAAAGGCAAGGGAGGCACCCUGACACACACACACACACACAAGCAGUGCAAACCGUCGCAUUACCGACCGAUGCAGGAUGCCAUGAUAUCAUCCCCUGCCCACCGUGAUGCCGAUGAGCUGAGCGAAUGGUGCACCGCCCAUCUCAUGCGCCAGCUGGGAGUAGAACCUGCACACAGACGCACCAGGCGUCACUCACUGCACUCACCCAUGGAUGCCUCUGUCGUGUGUGUGUGUACCCAGGUUGCCAUUGGUGCAAAUCUAGCCAUGGGCUGUGUCCCUGCAGCAGUCGGACCUGCCAGAAAUACCCAACAGAUGCGGCGAGAGGGAUGACCAUACUGCAUGUUGACAGCAGCAAUGCAACCCUGACACAAUCACGACCGCGACAUACGUAUACACACACACACACACACACACUGACUCGCCGUGGCCUCUGUUGCCUGUCUGCCUUGCCCAACUUGCUUACGUCAUGGCUCUCGGGAAGCUUCGAGACGGCCUGUGGACCUCUCCACCGCAAGACGCGGCCUGGUCGAAUCCGCUGCUGUUCCACACAAGCAGCGAGACGAAGGUGCUCCACGUCAGGGUCGGCAGCCGCACGCUCGUGGUGGGGUGAAGCCACUCGAACGCCUCCAACACGUGACCAUGACUGAAGAGCCAGAAACGAAGGAAGCCCACCUUCUUCACAAGAACGUCAGCAUGGUCAGCAGGAAAUCCAGCAUCGGUCUGACCUGAGCAAAUGCCUGAUUGCCACGGUCGUGAAGGCUCCCACGGUGGUCAGAGAGACGCAAACGAGAAUCUCACUGCACCUGCCGACCAACCUCACGCCCCGGUAAUUGGCCACCAGCAUGAUUAGCAGCAGCACCCCAGGCAGUGCCACACGAAGGGCCAUCCGUAGCGACGGCGGCUGUGUGGCCCAGAGUGGUUCGAGGUAGGAGAGCAGUAGGGGCGGGAUGGACGCCAUAUUGAUUUGGUUGGCUGCACCGCUGAACCUGCAGACGCACACGCAGAGAUGAUGAGUCGGGGCAUGUGUGUGGGAUGCCAGGCUUACAGGGCGAAUAUGAAGGAGGUGAAAGGACCCAGCGUCUUCUCGACUGCGACAACUUGGGAGCCCUGCAGUGCAUUGCAUUGUGUUGCGCCACACAGAGAAGUCAGGAGGUCGUCAACAAAAGGUGUCCGUCUCAGCAGACCAUGUAUGGGUAUCUUGACGUUAGCUCCGAUGUCAUCAGUCCGACAGGAAGGGCCCACAGCAAGGGCAUCAGCACCGCCCCACACACAGCAAGCAGCGGCCCCGCCAGCUGCACCGAUUCCUCCACACCGAAAGGCCCGCCGUUGCAGAAGAACAGCAUCGCCACCAGCUCAGUGCAGCCAAGAAUUCUGCACACAUACACACAGCACAGCCCGGGACAGCCAUUUCAUUCGGCUCUUCGUGCGCCUAUCGUGUCUGCUCACCUUCUCUGCUUGCCCUUUGCAGGGUCGAUAGAAGCGCCGACUCCCACCUCGCCGUCGCCAUCGCUGUCUGAAGCCUUUGCACUGCCCCUCUCCGCUGCAUAGUGGGCCGAUUCUUCCGAGGCCCCAUCUGCAGAUAGGGCGCGACGGACGACGGCCGCCUUAGCCCUCUCCUCGCUCAGAAGGGGCAGGGUCGCCUCUGAAUCGCCAUUCUCAGGGAAGAACCACGUCAACAGGGAUGGCAUGUCGGAAAAGUGGGGAGCACACAAAAAG